AACGUAAUGCCAACAUUAAAAUUAUAAGUUAAAACAAAACAUGGCGGCUUUCCAACGCUUUGUGAUUGUAUAUUAAAGAAAAAGAAAGCCUUGCCGAAAACCAUAUAUUUACAGCUUCAAAUCCUGUAUAAGUGGAAGAUAUUAGGUAAAGAUUAGAAAAUAAGUGAAAGAGCAACAAAAUAGUUGUGCGUUAGCAAAGUAUUAAUUUAUAUUUAUCAAACAGUAAACAUGUACGACGAUAGACGUGGUGGUCGUGGUGGACGCGGAGGAUCUCGAGGUCGCGGUAUGAGUCGAGGAGGCGUAAGUUCCCGGGGCGGGAGGUCUAGUGAUAGAUCCCAGGAGAGGGUGACUCGUUUCAGUGGAGGCAGCCGAGGGCGUGAUCUCGGAAGGGGUGGUGGUAGAGGAGGGAGCCGUGGUGGACGCGAUAGUCGUGAUGAUUUUCGUGGAAAAUUCAAAAAUGAUCAACCGGGAGGCGGUCUUCGUAAAAUUCGCUGGGACAAUGUCCAACUCACUCCCUUCCAAAAGAACUUUUAUGUGCCUCAUGCGAAUGUUCAAAGACGCUCAUUGGCUGAUGUGGAAGCGUAUCGCAGUCAGCAUCAGAUAACAGUUAAAGGGCGUGAUGUCCCUGCGCCUAGCAUAUUUUUCGAAGAAGGAGGUUUUCCUGACUAUGCUAUGAAAGAAAUUCUCAAACAAGGAUUUCCUAACCCAACACCGAUUCAAGCUCAAGGUUGGCCAAUUGCUUUAUCUGGUCGAGAUAUGGUCGGAAUUGCUCAAACAGGUUCUGGAAAGACACUAGCUUAUAUUUUACCAGCAAUUGUGCACAUAAUCAAUCAACCAAGACUGCUAAGAGAUGAAGGUCCAAUAGUUCUUGUAUUGGCUCCAACAAGAGAAUUGGCACAGCAGAUUCAACAGGCUCUGCUUUCAAUGAACGGGAUAACUGCAGAUGUAGAAGGAAAUCCAAACAACAUGGAAAUAGUAGCUCAAGAGUUUGGUCAGAGUGUACAAGUUCGUAACACAUGUAUCUUUGGAGGGGCACCAAAAGGACCGCAGGGCAGGACUUUGGAGAGGGGCGUAGAGAUAGUUAUCGCUACACCUGGGAGAUUGAUUGAUUUCUUGGAGAAAGAUACAACGAAUCUUCGUCGCUGUACAUAUUUAGUAUUGGAUGAAGCAGACAGAAUGUUGGACAUGGGCUUUGAGCCACAGAUCAGGAAGAUUAUUGAACAGAUCAGACCUGAUCGACAGGUGCUGAUGUGGUCUGCAACUUGGCCGAAGGAGGUUCAGAAUUUGGCUGAAGAGUUCCUUCAUGACUACAUUCAGAUUAACAUUGGUUCGUUAUCGUUGUCGGCGAAUCACAAUAUCCUGCAGAUUGUGGAUGUCUGUGAGGAGUGGGAGAAGAAUGAAAAACUCUUGACUUUACUUACGGAGAUAUCUUCGGAAGAAGAAACUAAGACAAUUAUCUUUGCAGAGACUAAGAGAAAGGUGGACGAGAUCACGAAGACCAUCAACCGCUCGGGCUGGCGCGCGCUGGCCAUCCACGGCGACAAGAACCAGCAGGACCGCGACUACGUGCUGCAGCAGUUCCGCCACGCGCGCUCCUCCAUCCUCGUCGCCACCGACGUCGCCGCGCGCGGACUGGACGUGGAGGACGUGAAGUUCGUAAUAAACUACGACUACCCGAACAAUUCGGAGGACUACGUGCAUCGCAUCGGUCGGACGGGACGCUCGCACAACACCGGCACGGCGUAUACGCUGUUCACGCCGAACAACUCCGCAAAGGCAAAGGACUUGCUGUCAGUAUUGCAAGAAGCUAACCAAGUGGUCAAUCCCAAGUUGCUGGAGCUGGCGCAAUGUGGAAUGGGAUUCAAGGGAAAGUAUGGGCGCGGGCGGUUCCGCGAGCGCGACGACAGCAGCGCGCGCGGGGAGCGCGGGCGGGGGCGCGGGCGCGGCCGGUACUCGGGCGACCGAGGGUCAAGAUGGGACAGCAACUCUAACGGACAGAGUGGCUUCCAGAGUUCCGGCGGUUCGGGUUUUAGCCGAGACUACAACAGCCGACCAAAUUUCGGUAGCAGGGAUGGUGGUAGCUUCAAUAGAGACAGAGAGGGGGGUGGUAGUUUCAGAGGCCGAGGUGGAAGAGGUGGGAGAGGAAGUAGAGGUGGACAAUAUGGUUCAGGAUAUGGACAAAAUCAAUCAUCAGGGUUUAAUCAAUCUAACCAAGGGUUCAAUUCAGCUCCGAACAGCUAUUAUAAUAUGUACUCACAACCACCGCCCUCUACCUAAAAUAUAUUUAAAUAUAAAAAUAAUAUUAUUCACUUUAUUUAGUAGAAUCAAGACCUAUGGGGGAAUGUUUCGGUUACUAUAUUUUCCUGCCUCAUUUUUGCGUACUUGACAUGCAAUAGUUUGAAAUGUCAGUUUUUAUUCAAAUUGUUUAUAUUUUAUUUAUGUAGUUAAAAUGAUAAGAUAGUUUUGUCCAGUAAGAAUUCUAAUGACGAAUUAAACGUAGUUAUAAAUAUAAACAAAAACUGUUAGAUAAUUGUGUGAUUAUGUAUGAAACUGUUCAGAACCUGAAUGUUGCUACAAUGACAUGUUAAUAAUGCUGGAUUAUUAAGUUCAUUUCGAUAUAUUUUUAUCAUAUUUUCAUGGGCUCAUUAAAGUAACUUUAUAUUAUGAUGUCGUUGACUGAAAUAGUUAUUAGAAUAUAUAAUAAUAUUCAUUAAUAUUUAGUCCAAAGAGAUACAUAAAUAUGUAACCCUGAAUAGAGAACAUUGUGAAUUGUUAUUACUUAGAAAAUAUAUAACACGAUUAAACAAGAUUGUUUUUUUACAUUAAGUGACAUUUUAAUCAAAUUUGUUCAAAAUAUAAAAUUAAUUCUUAUACAAUAUUUUUAAAUGUCAAAUUAUAUACAGCAAUAAUUGUCAGUUCUUUUCAAAAAACUAUAAGUGUGUGAUUAUUAAUUUCAUAAAAUAUUUAAAAAUACUAGAUGCAAUUCCAAGUAAAUGACUUACGCCUUUCCACGACUUUAGACCAAUUCGUAUAUAUAAAUACUAUUAUUUAAAUCAUUGGAACAAUAUACAUAUUUCAAGUAUGGUUCUCCUGUGUUAAAGCUUAAAAGGAAUCGGCUGUGCUUGGUACGAGAGUGAGACAAUAUAUUGAAGUAAUCAUUUGAAUGUGUUUUGAUUUCAUUCACUCUAAUUAGGUAUAAUGUAAUGAAUGAUUGGAUAGAAAAGUUAGUAACAUGAUCACGGUAGUUUUUUUGUUUUAUAUAUCCAAAAUCUGAAAUGAAAAAAUAUAUAAGAAUAAAAGUUGGUUAAUUUUCUUUAUAAGAAUAACAUGCAAUAAUAGUUUUCAAUAAUUUACACUCAUUGAUGCAUUUAUACUUGUCACUGAAUAAACCAUUUAUGGCCUUACUAUUGGACGUUGUAUUAUAGUGGAUAAAUUUCCUGUCUGUUAUCAGUAAUGUGAUGUUUGAAAGAAGACAAAGCAAUGUUUAACUAUACAACCGCUGUGCAACGUUUGUUAUUAAGGGGGUUCGAAGUAAAGUUUAUUUUACGUUAUGUACAACUUCAGGCAGGGAUAUUUCAUAGCGAUUUAUAGACAUAACUUAGCUCCAUUGGUUUAAAAUGUACUUUCAACUCCAUUUCUAUGUUUGCAUUAUGAUUAUACAAUACAUUAAAAUGUACUAGACAAGAAGACUAUCUAUAAAUUAUACUGUACACAAAACGUUCUAAGAACACAGAAAUAUUUAAAAGAUGUAUUUUAUUCAUAAAGUGAACAGGGAAAAAAGUGUUGGGUGUAACAUUCCCUUUGAACUGCAAUAUUACAUGUGCAACUCACCAAAUAAAUAAUGUCUUAAAUA